CAUGAUGCUGGAGCAAGAGGCUGGCAGCCAGCAGUUUUCAAAAUGGCCGAGUUGGACGCUGAUUUGGGUCACAUCAUCCCCUCUUCUGUGCUUGCCCCUUUCUGGGCUAAGUUAGUAGUGGGAUUUGUUUCCCUUGUAUGUUUCGCACGCAGCUACGAUGGAGAUUUUGUCUUUGAUGACUCUGAAGCUAUCAUUAACAAUAAGGACCUCCGAGCGGAAACGCCCCUUGGGGACCUGUGGCAUCAUGACUUCUGGGGCAGUAGGCUGAGCAGCAACACCAGCCACAAGUCCUACCGCCCUCUGACCGUCCUGACUUUCAGGAUUAACUACUAUUUGUCCGGAGGCUUCUAUCCCAUGAGUUUCCACGUGGUCAACAUCCUCCUGCACGGCGGCAUCUCUGUCCUCAUGGUGGACGUCUUCUCCGUGCUGUUUGGCGGCCUGCAGUACAGCAGUAGAGGCCGGCGGUUGAACCUGGCCCCCAGAUCCUCCCUGUUGGCCGCUCUGCUGUUCGCUGCACAUCCGGUACACACUGAGUGUGUUGCUGGUGUUGUCGGCCGUGCAGACCUCCUGGGUGCCCUGUUCUUUCUGUUAUCUUUCCUUGGCUACUGUAAAGCAUUUAGAGAAAGUAACAAGGAGGGAACACAUUCUACGUUCUGGGUGUUGCUGAGUAUCCUCCUGGGAGCGGUGGCCAUGCUGUGUAAAGAGCAAGGGAUCACUGUGCUGGGUUUGAAUGCAGUCUUUGACAUCUUGGUGAUAGGCAAAUUAAAUGUUCUGGAAAUGGUCCAGAAGGUACUACAUAAAGACAAAUCAUUAGAGAACCUUGGCACGCUCAGGAAUGGGGGCCUCCUCUUCAGGAUGACCCUUCUGGCCUCGGGGGGAGCAGGGGUGCUCUACAUGCGCUGGAAAAUCAUGGGCACCGGCCCCCCGGCAUUCACCGAGGUGGACAAUCCCGCCUCCUUCGCCGACAGCAUGCUGGUCAGGGCCAUAAACUAUAAUUACUACUAUUCAUUGAAUGCCUGGCUGCUGCUGUGCCCCUGGUGGCUGUGUUUUGAUUGGUCAAUGGGCUGCAUCCCCCUCAUUAAGUCAGCCGGUGACUGGAGAGUAAUUGCACUGGCAGCACUGUGGUUCUGUCUAAUUGGCCUAAUAUGCCAAGCCCUGUGCUCUGAAGACAGCCACAAAAGAAGGAUCCUUACGCUGGGCCUAGGAUUUCUCAUUAUCCCAUUUCUCCCUGCAAGUAACUUGUUCUUCCGAGUGGGCUUUGUGGUUGCAGAAAGAGUCCUGUACCUCCCCAGUGCUGGGUACUGCAUGCUGCUGACUUUCGGAUUCGGAGCGCUCAGUAAACACACUAAGAAAAAGAAAUUGAUUGCUACUGUCGUACUGGGAAUUCUGUUCAUAAACAUGCUGAGGUGCAUGAUUCGCAGUGGCGAGUGGCGAAACGAAGAACAGCUUUUUAGAAGCGCCCUGUCUGUGUGUCCUCUCAACGCCAAGGUUCACUACAAUGUUGGCAAAAACCUGGCCGAUAAAGGCAAUCAGACAGCUGCCAUCAGAUAUUACCGGGAAGCUGUGAGAUUAAAUCCCAAGUACGUUCAUGCCAUGAACAAUCUUGGAAAUAUCUUAAAAGAAAGGAAUGAGCUACAGGAAGCAGAAGAGCUGCUGUCUUUGGCUGUACAAAUACAGCCAGACUUUGCUGCCGCGUGGAUGAAUUUGGGCAUAGUGCAGAACAGUCUGAAACGGUUCGAAGCCGCUGAGCAAAGCUACCGGACCGCGAUCAAACACAGACGGAAGUACCCGGAUUGCUACUACAACCUCGGACGUUUGUACGCAGAUCUGAAUCGUCAUGUCGAUGCGUUGAAUGCGUGGAGAAACGCCACUGUGCUGAAACCAGAGCACAGUUUGGCCUGGAACAACAUGAUCAUACUCCUUGACAAUACAGGUAAUUUAGCCCAAGCUGAAGCAGUUGGAAGAGAGGCGCUGGAAUUAAUACCUAAUGAUCACUCUCUGAUGUUCUCGUUGGCAAAUGUGCUGGGGAAGUCCCAGAAAUACAAGGAAUCUGAAGCUUUAUUCCUCAAAGCAAUUAAAGCUCAUCCAAAUGCUGCAAGUUACCAUGGCAAUUUGGCUGUGCUUUAUCAUCGUUGGGGACAUCUAGACUUGGCCAAAAAACACUAUGAAAUCUCUCUGCAGCUUGACCCCACUGCAUCAGGAACUAAGGAGAAUUAUAGUCUAUUAAGAAGAAAGCUAGAACAAAAGCAAAAGAAAGACGUCUGA